UUGCGGUCCUCCAUAGCUGACGGGGAAGAAGAAGCAUGGGAUCUGGAUCAGGAGCCGUGCUGGUGCUUGUGACAGCAUGUCUAGCGAUUGCCCCACCCUGCGCUCUGGCUUCUUCUCGCAAAAAAUAACCAUGAGGCACCCCCUGCGGAGCACAGGGCUCGAACGCGGGUGGUAGGCUGGGCGUGCACCCGCACACGUGCUUCUAGCCAACUGGUUUGGUCUGGAUAUUACGCAACCAAAAUUACUGAACUCCACAAAUGGUUCAUUUACCCCAAGCUCACAUGUUGAUUUUGACCCUUCAAAAUCAAAGCGACUCUCGUGGCAUCCAAGGUUUUCUCUCUCACAUGGAGUGUGACCACUUAGUAUCUAUGGCACAUGGUAAGAUAGGGUCAUCUGUACUUGUUAAUGAUGGUGCUACAAAUAUUUCCCAGAACAAUAUUGAUGCAGGCCUCAUAUUUAGCCUGGCUGAUAGCAAGGACAUAGUUGUUUCGAAGAUUGAAGAUAGGAUAUCAUUAUGGAGUUUUAUUCCAAAAGAGCAUGGGGAGAGCAUGCAGAUUUUGAAGUAUGGAGCAAACCAAAGUGACCCUAACAAGGAAGAAACUCAAUCGAGCAGUGGUGCCAAUAGGCUUGUUACCAUUUUGAUGUAUCUUUCUGAUAUCAAGCAAGGUGGUGAAACUGUUUUCCCCAGAUCUAAGCUGAAGGAUACUCAAGCCAAGGAAAGGGCACCUUCUGAAUGUGCUGGUUAUGCAGUGAAACCUGUCAAGGGCAACGCAGUUCUGCUGUUCAAUUCAAGGCCUGACGGAGUCGCCGACAAGGACAGUCAGUACGAGUUCUGUCCUGCCGUCGAAGGGGAGAAAUGGCUUGCCAUAAAACAUAUGUAUGCAAGCAAGAUCGAUAAAUCAAAACCUUCGCCGGCAUCCGAGGAUGAUGAUUGCACCGAUGAAGAUGGUAACUGUGUCAGUUGGGCCGCUGCCGGCGAAUGCGAAAAGAAUCCUGUGUUUAUGAUUGGCAGUUCAGACUACUAUGGCACUUGCAGGAAGAGCUGCCAUGCGUGCUAGAUGUUUUUCUUGUUUUCGUGCAUUGCCCUUAGGGAUGUCUCUUAGCAUUUUCGUUGUUUAAUACAGGCAUUGGUGUUGUAAGUGGAAAAUGAUUCAGCAAAUUGUGCACUGCCCACAGAUAAUCUUUACUGUUGUCAGGAAAUGUAGUACAUAGGUAUUGGAUUGGCUGCUCUUAUAAAGUUAUGGAAAAUAAUUCUGACCUCA